CUCAAACGACGCAACGCGGGCCGACAAUUUUCUUAAGUUUCAAGAGCGCGUCGUAGCGCCAACGCUGUGUUUCGCCGCGCGGUUAAUAAUCAAACAAAUUAAUAAUUUUUUAAUUACGAAUUUUUGACAGCUGGUGCGCAUAAUUGAUCGACUGAUCGACUGACUGUGCCGAAGCAAAGCGACCGAGUGAGCGCAUUGUAUCCAUCACACCGAGCGGCCAUGAAACGUGUGAGGAGAACCGCAGGUUUUGAAUUCAGAAGUGCUUUGCUGGAUCGCCGGGUUGCUGUGCUCUAUUGAGCGGACUUGCGUGAAAAUCGCGGCCGUUACUUCAAGUGCAGAUCGAAAUCAGGCUUUGCACUCAAGUGCUGUUUAUAUUUGGGUACUUUGUGGAUGUCUGGAACGGCGCUAGCUAUGUUGUUGUGUCGAAGUGUUAUUAUUGCGAUCCUCCUUGACCUUCUAUCCCUAAGCUUUGCGACAAGAACUGCGUUUGUCGAAAUUGUCGUGUGUGAUAACACGGACGAGCGAUCCAUGUACACAGACAAGCUCCAAGGGACUUUUGCAAAUAUCGGAACGUUAAGUCGGGCACAGGGAGACGUAUUACAGAUCAGUCCGUUUGGCUUAUGCAAUAUAUCAAAUGGCGAGUCCCUCUACGAUGACGAGUGGGUGGGCGUGGUCAAGCUGACCGUACCCUCUAGGGAGUCACCAUCAUGUAAUGACACAGUUCAAAAGGCAUUAGGUGCUGUGAAAAAGGGUGCCAAAGCUGUGAUAUUUGAUGUGACAGACAGUCCGGGUGCAGCCGCUGAGUUAAAUUCCCAGAAAACACUGAUACAACGACCAGUCAUAAUAAUCAGUGGGAAACAUGCUCGUAAAUUAAUGACCAUUGUGAGAAGGCAAAAUGUUUUAAAAGCUCGUAUAUCGUGGAAGCCACGCAUGAAUCAAACAACGGAUAGUUCUGGUGAAUAUGUUGAUAUGGUUAUAUUCAUGACGUGUUUUAUUCUAAUCACCAUCACAUGUUUCAUACUUCUCCUAAAGAUCAAGUGGAAACAGACGAAGAAAGAGUCUUCGUUGGCAAAGAUGGCGUAUGAUGCCGUCUCUAAGAUGGAGUCAAAGAAAUACGAAGAGAAACGAGAAGUUGAGACGGUGAAGAAAAUGAAAGAGAAACAACAUGAUCGAGCGUUAGGAAGUCAUUCUUGUUCCGUGGUCGGCAUUUCUUGCGUCAUUUGUUUAGAGCCAUUCCGGCAAGGACAGGAAAUCCGAAUCGUAUCGUGCGGUCACGAGUUUCACCUGAAAUGCGUCGAUCCUUGGUUACUGACGAAUUACACGUGCCCGCUGUGUAUGCUAAAUAUUGUCGAACGAGAAGGAAAUGGGAUUAAAACGGAAAGUCGCUGUUCUCCUUCAAUCAGAAGUGUUUUUCGAUGCUGUUUUGCGUCCAGUCCUCUAUCAUCUUCUAGCAUGGUAUACAGCAUCACGUUGGAGGACUCUCAUAGUGACAAUUUAUCUAUAGCAACAAAUGAUAUGGUAGACACGACACAUUACAAUGAUUCGACUCCUACGAGCGAUAAUUUAUGGACAGAACGAGUGCGCGAGGCUCCUGAAGGCUGCAGACAAGCAGCCGGAACGAGUGUCCCGCAUUUGAGUACAAAUUCCGGGCGUUCAACUGCGGUACUAAACAGCAGGAAUGCAGACAUUUUACAAAAUUCACUCGAUAGAAAUGAUUUGAAUGUUCAAGAAAAUGAAAGAUGGAAAGAAAAUAGGACAAGAGCUGUUCAGAUCGCAGAGCUGGCUAAAGUAAAAUAUACAGAUCUUGGCGAUGCAGUGUGAAAGCUUACUCGCUCCAAAAGUGCAGUAUGAAAGCGAAAUAUUAGUGAAGUCGUGUCGUGAAUGUCUGGUGUUAUCACAGACCUACCCGCGCAUAAAACAUGACACUAUAAAAGGACAGAAAGAAAUAUAAAACCCCGUUUAAUCGAAGAAUGAAGAUUUCUAGAAUUCAUUUUUGCCAGAAAAGAGGAAUGUAAAGUCAAUUUACAGACGGACUCUCAAAGCAUUAUGUUUGAUCGGCUCGUGCGUUGUUGUUGGACAAAGAAAUAAAGGAUAUAUGUACAAAUAUUUUAGGGAGUUUUCGUAUCGAAAUU